GAGCCUGUCUCUAUGACAACGCGGUGCGGGCGGGGUUUGCCAACUGGAGGCAGAGUCAGCCAGUCUUCAGUUGGCAUCACUGCUGCAAAGCUCCACACCGCAUCACGCCCUGAGUGGAAUGGAAGAAAAGGACAAGAAAGACAAUGAGGAGUAUAUCGGAGAGAUAAAGGGUGGGCUGCGGCCUUCAAUGAAACUGGUUGUUAUGGGAAUUGUUAACAAAAAACCCAAAAGCAUGGAGGUGACAGUGUCCUGUCAGCCUCAGGAGGAGGACACAGAGGCUGAUGUGGGGCUUCAGUUAAAGGUCAGCUUCAUGGAUAAGGCCAUCCAUCGAAACGCCCGCCUCAACGGAAAGUGGGGUCCAUCUGAAAACACCCUCUCCUUCUUCCCCUUCGCCCCCGGAGAGUCCUUCAAGAUGGAGAUCGUUUGUGAGCACCAGCAGUUUCGUAUCUUGGUGGACGGUCAGCCUCUGUGUGGCUUCACCCACCGCCUCCCAAAGCUCGCCUCCCUCACUGCCUUACGAGUGUUUGGAGAUCUACAGCUCACCAAGGUGGCCUAAACGUCAGUGUCUCACCCACAAAAAGCAGAGGAUGUUGGGGGACAGUAGACUGUAUGUAGAAUUAGAUAGAGCUACUUGAAUGAACAAAUUAACCCACGAUGGGUUUUCUAGUUCCAGACAAAAUUACACCUGCCUCGUAAUCGUGUGUUAAGACAAAGUGCCUUCACCAGAUUACCUGUUUAGGAACUCGAAGAUACUGACUGAAUGUAACAGUCAUAGAUGUCUUACAUCAACACAAAUUGAUUUAAAUUGAAGGAAAAUUUGUUUUAAGAAAUGUGGCAAUAUUUUCCCUUGUUUGUACAAAUCUACAAAGAGGCGUGCUGCAUCCUUCGAGGUAUAGUAAGGAAAUUGAAUUUGUUAUCUGAAGUGAUUGUUAUUGUUAAAAAGGGAGUUUAGAUGAUGUGUUUGAUCUCUCUGAAAGCACUUAAGUUUACGAGCCUCUUCACGAAGAUGAAUGUUUCUGAAACUGAUAAAAAACGAUUGUCUUUCUGUACCCAGUUAAGUACUGUAACAGGUGUAAUAUUGUAAAGUAGCCUACAUUAGUGCAUGCCAAUAAUACGCAGUAUGUUUUAUUUCCCUUAGUUUGGGUCCAGAUUAAUCAUAAAGCAGGAAAGAUUGGAUUACGUCACACUUUCUGUUAUUGUACAAUUAUAAACUUAAGUUAAGAAAAGCACCAACUGGUCUAAGGGCUUUUCAUUCACCACAAGCACUUUUUUUUGUAAAUGUUUCAUACUGACUUGACAUCACUGCAAUAAAUCACGUUGGUUGUAAUUUCCGUCUG